AUGUUAUUAAAGAAGUUCGAGGAAACUCUGUCAAAAGGAGAAAUGAUAUGGUACCAUAACCUGCCCCUGAAUUCCAUUGAUUCGUUCGCUAUGCUCGCGGAUGCUUUUGUAAAGGCUCAUGCCAGGGCCAUUAAGGUCGAGACCAGAAAAUCGAAUCUUUCCAAGGUUAAGCAAAGGGACAACGAGAUGCUCAGGGAGUUCGUGUCAAGAUUUCAAAUGAAACAGAUGGACUUACCUCCGGUUGCGGAUGAUUGGGUCGUUCAGGCAUUCACUCAAGGACUUAACCCCCGAAGCUCCUUGGCCUCGCAUCAACUGAAACAAAACUUGGUAGAGUACCUGGUGGUAACUUGGGCCAACGUCCACAACAGGCCUAAGAGAGUCGUCGAUCAUGAAUCAAGACCGGUCCGAGAUCGGUACCAACCAUAUGGAGUAGAUCGAAGGGGAAACGGGUUUGGGCGCAACUCUACAAAGAAUGAAAGGAGAAAUGAUCGAGGACCCAAUAGCCGAGGCCUGAUGAGCAAAAAUGGUUUUGACAGGCCACUCGGGGGAGGGGAAGCUAUGAGAUUAUCAGAGUAUGACUUCAACGUUGAUGCAUCCAACAUCGUAUCCGCCAUAAGGCGCAUCAAGGAGACCAAGUGGCCUCGACCAUUGCAGUUCGAUCCUACCUAG